GUCCAGAGUACAGAGCAAGAAGGCCAUUCGGGAAGGGAUGAAUUACGACAUCUACAGGCCUCCACCGCAAAUCCUUCCUCUCAAGCUGUGAAUCACCUGUAAUUAAAUUUUCCCAUUGGUCCUGUGACCACGAGGCUCUUCCGUCCACUCAGACAACCAUGUCUGAUGAAGUGCUGGAAAACAUCAAGCGCUUUGCGCGUGACGCUGCGCAUCAUAUGGAAGAUGCCAUGGAUAUCGACGAUCAGGAUUCAGAUGCAGUAGAGUCACGUCUAAUUGCAACUAUCAACGAGCUGCAACAGCUUCUGAGCCGAGAACAGAGUGAACUGAACCAACUCAAGGCCUCUUCGCCAAGCUUGGCACCAACAGAACCAUCGGAUGAUCCAAGAGAACGUUUGAAGCAACUUCGGGUUAUUAGGACUGCGUAUGAACGGAUGACACCAGAAACGCCGUAUCUGCCAGAUCCAAAAUCGGCUUUGCAACCGCUCUUGGCGGCACGAGUUGUUCAAAAGACCAUCAGUGACGAAAAGGCAAACAUAAGCUCAGCUCGUUCGCUCUUGCAAACAUUGGAGCAAGAUAUUUUAGAAGAAGAGAAUCAGCUAUCAGAGGCCGAAACUCUCGCAGCUGCACUACAUGCGCGAACUACAGAAUUGCAACAGGUGCAACGCGAUAAUCUCGCCAAGACAACUACGGAAAAAACCAAAGAACUGAUGACAGCCAAGAAUCAGCGAAAACAAUCCUUCGAGCGCGAAACGCAGAAACUUCGCAAGUUCCUGGACAAUUUUAUCGACAAGCACCUGGCUGCUAUGCUUGCUCUUGAAGAUAUUGGCGGUCCAGUUGUGGGUGAUGUUAUGAGUGUCGACGAGGACAUGCUCGCAGCAGGAUUCUCAGCUCAGGGUAAGCUCAAGGCGAAAAGUUUGUCGGACAGCAACCGCCAGAGACGAAUUGAUGAGAUCUGGGGUAGCACUGCCAGUGGGGAUCGCCAGCAUGAAAGCGAAAAGGAUGCAGCUGCCGAAGAAUUUCGGAAUCUCCUCAACAGUUUAAUCAAUUCGAGGGGGUACGUGACCCUAUCAAGGGACUCGGCGACAGCACGAUUUCUUGUCCGAGCAAAGGUCGCCGAAUUCGAUCCAAAGGACGCUAAAAGACUGCGUUUGAUUGAUUUCUCGAGGACAUUAGACGACUGAAACUCCCCAGCCAAUCCAAAGAAAGUAAUCAAGGACACAGCCUCAGAGAUCGAGUUCUUUGAUCACGGCAAGAAAGUUACAUCAAGAACAGCAUAUGUCAUCCAAACCACAUCCAAAAUGUGGAAAGAGUCUAAUAUCGCUUGUUCGAUGUACUGUAGAAAAGGCCCUUGUUCACGCGGACGCAAGGCUUACAACUGAUCUCAUGCUUUCCGGGAGAAGUAAAAGUUCUGAUCCAGGUCCUCAAUCGCACUCGGAUGGCUUUAUUGAAAGAAUUCAUGCUCAUAGGGCGCUAUGUGCAAUGAUCGAUUCGCUACGACGUGUUAUUGAUGAUUCUGCCUUAUUCGGGGCCUUGAUAGAGCUAAACUUCUUCUCCAAAACCCUGGGAUUGAGUUGAAGAACGGACAAACAGAGUGCUCUGUGCGGAGUGCCAUGCGAGAGAAAGACGUAACACUCUGUAGUUCUAAUCAAAGAUGUGAGGCCUCUUUUGAAGCUGAUUCAGAGCAUAACGCAUACGAGCUUGGAUAUAACGCUGAGCACCUAGCUCCUUACCCAUUGCUGCGAGUUGAGCUGGUCGAUGCUAUGACUGUCCUCAGUGCUGAUUGCUG